AUGAAUGCACCUGAAAUGCCUUACAUGGUAGUGGGUCUGAUCCUCGCCCUCAUCUCCGGUGGAGUGCAGGCGAGCUUUGCUGUUCUCAUCACGGAGAUCUACGAUAUAUUUCCCUUACUGAAUAAGGCGGAGAAACUUCGACGAACCUCUGUUCUCUCUGGCAUUCUCGCUGCCAUGGGCAUCAUCAGAUUCCUUUGCCUCCUUGGAGGGGAGGUUGGAUGGUUUGACUCGCCUGACAAUCAGUCAGGUGCUCUCACCGGCUGUCUUGCCGCUGACGUGCCAACACUUCAGAACAUCUCAGGACGUCGUUUGGCCUCGUUGUUGGAAGUUCUUACACUGAUCAUCAUCUCUCUUAUCAUCGCCUUCGUUUAUAGUUGGCAAAUUGCUCUUGUGGCCUUGGCGUACUUUCCUGUUCUCAUUGUUGUGGGCGCCUUCAAUAUGACGCAGUACACGAAUGACGGAUCCAAGGCGAAUGUCAAGGGAGCUGGACUCGCUUUUGAGAGUCUCUCGGCUGCCAAGACCAUCUUUAGUCUGGGUGCGGAGGCUCACUUUGUUCAGCGAUACAAGCUUGAAGCUCUCCCCUCCACCAAAAAAAUUCUCCUCAGCUCCACAACAUAUGCAGUUUUCAGUGGACUGUCAAACUCCCUUGGAUGCUUCCAGGUGGCCGGUGUGUUCUACGCGGGAGGCAAACUGAUGGAAUCCAAAAGUGUCACUCUUGUCGGCGUCUUCCGGUACACUCCUGUUUCUCCCCUUUGA